AGUUCGGUCUGGGCCGAGAAAAUUAUCCGGGGUCUGAAUCUGCCUCUUAAGCACGCACUGUUACCCUCACUCAUAUCAUCAAUGCUGACUGGACCACCUAGUACCUCGCUUCCUUUGGUUCUUUCUAUUGUUCUUCGUUUCUCCUUCUUCGUUUCUUCCUUCCUCCGCAGCGCUGGGCGCAGCGAGCUUCUCAGUCCGAGGUUGUUACUCCUUUCCAUUCGUGAUAUUCGACUAUUCACCUCUCGAGGUUUUCGGAUAUCAGCCCUCAGAUUGCCUUGCAAAGACACCCGAGCCGGACUCGGACUACAAGUUACCUACAUAAACACCCUACAAGUGGAGAUUGGGGAACGGAAACUCGACAGCAUCCAGAAUGCCGCUCACACAGUUCAACUACCUCUUCGUCAUAGGCACCCUCUUUGCCUUUCUCGAUGCAUGGAACAUCGGAGCCAACGACGUAGCCAACGCCUGGGCUACCUCCGUCGCCUCCCGCUCAAUAAAAUACAUCCCCGCCAUGGCCAUAGCAGCCGUCAUGGAGUUCUCGGGCGCCGUAGGGGUGGGGGCUCGCGUGGCUGACACCAUCCGCACCAAAAUCGUCGACACGAGCCAGUUCGCCGAGAGCCCUGCCGUGCUGAUGCUGGGCAUGGUGUGUGCCGUCAUUGCCUCGUCCGUGUACCUCACCUUUGCGACCAAGGUUGGGCUGCCCUUGUCGACUACACAUUCGUUGAUGGGCGGGGUGAUUGGGUUUGGGGUUGCGGCUGUUGGGACGGGGGGGAUUCAGUGGGUUGAUCCCCAGGGGGGGAUUAACAGUGGGGUGGUUCAGGUCUUCAUGGCGUGGAUUAUCGCCCCCCUUCUCGCCGGCACCUUCGCCUCCGCCAUCUUCCUCACCACCAAGUACGCCGUCCUCCUCAGGCAAAACCCGGUUCUCAAAGGUCUCCUCAUGGUCCCCAUCUACGCGGCUCUCACGUCCUCGCUCAUAGUGAUGCUCCUCGUCUGGAAGGGCGGUUCCUACGAAGUCAACCUCACCGAUGCGCAGAUCUACCUUGUGAUUGUCAUGACAGGGGUCGGGUUUGGCCUACUCGUGGCCACUUUUUUCGUCCCUUGGCUUUACCGAGUCAUCAUCAAGCAGGACUGGGAGCUGAAAUGGUACCACAUGUACCAAGGCCCUUUGCUGUUACGUCGUGGCCCUCCAUCGCCCCCGCCGGGGAGUUAUACCGGCCCCGUCAGGGACUAUUACGAGGGGCAUUCCACUCGCGACCAAGUCGACGCGCGACGGGCGGAUCUGGAAUCCCGCGAUACCAGCAUCAGUGCUGCUAGUGAUCAACAAAACCGGGAGAAGAGCCAACAUGAAGUUGCUGUGUCGCCUGAGGAGCCUCGCAGGAAGUCCUUAGUUGGACCAAAGCCCGACGGCCCCUGGUACUCUGGGGCGAUGGUGUUUUGGUGUAUCAAGUGGGCGCUGUUCCAUGGGGUCGACCAAGACGUUGUCGGGCAUCAGAGCAGUGAUACGAGCGGCGGACUGGCAGCCAAUCUCGACGAUAUGCAUGCUCGUGCGGCCCGCUACGACAAUCGGGCGGAAUACUUGUUCAGCUUUUUGCAGAUCAUGACAGCAGCUACGUCUUCGUUUACUCACGGGGCUAAUGACGUCUCAAAUGCCAUCGGGCCCUACGCCACGAUCUUCCAGAUCUGGAGGGACGGCAGACUCCCCAUCAAUGACGAAGCCGAAGUGCCAACGUGGAUUCUUAUCUUCGGCGGUUCCGGCAUCGUUAUCGGCCUGUGGACUUACGGCUACAACAUCAUGCGCAACCUUGGCAACAAGAUCACGCUGCAUUCUCCUUCGCGUGGCUUUUCUAUGGAGCUCGGGAGUACCAUCACCAUCAUCAUGGCGACGAGAUUGUCACUGCCCGUCUCAACAACGCAGUGUAUAACAGGAGCGACUGUCGGGGUGGGAUUGUGCAAUGGCGACUGGCGGACCAUCAAUUGGCGUAUGGUUGCCUGGAUCUACAUGGGCUGGUUCAUUACUCUCCCGUCGGCAGCCCUGAUAUCUGGAUCGUUGAUGGGUUUCAUCCUCAACGCUCCGCGUUGGCUAAACAUGUAGUUUGUCCAGGAGUCGGCGAGAGCUUCAUGAGUCGGGUCUGAACGUGAGUUUGUGCGAAAAUGGCCGCCCGGGAUGGUC